AUGGAGUGCUCCUUCGGAAUUACUGGCAAGGGCUAUACCAUCAUCGCGUCGGACUCGAAUGCAGCGCGUUCAAUCGUCAAGAUGAAGACGGACGUGGACAAGCAAAAGGUGCUCAGCGACCAUCUUGUCAUGGCAUACUCUGGUGAACCAGGUGAUACGCUCCAAUUUUCCGAGUGGAUCGAACGCAACAGCAGACUGUACAGCAUCAGAAACCAUGUGGAGCUCAGACCAAAGUCGGCAGCCGCAUGGAUUCGCAAGCAGCUUGCAGAGUCAUUGCGUUCGAGAAACCCGUACCAGGUGAAUUAUCUGCUUGGUGGAUUUGACUUGCCAAACUCUGAACCCGCACUAUACUGGAUCGACUACCUCGGCACGCUCGCCACUGUUCCUUUUGCCGCACAUGGCUACGGCGCCUUCUUCGCCAUGUCGACACUCGACCGCUACCACAGGCCAGACAUGUCGCUCGAGGAAGGUCUCGACCUGUUGCGACGAUGCAUCAACGAGCUCAAACAGCGCUUCAUCGUGGAUCUCGGCACUUUUACCGUACGUGUCGUCGAUCGAGAAGGCGCUCGUAUCGUGCAGCUUUGA